AUGGGUCGGCCCGGCGGAGCAACAAACUCCCCUUUCGAAGCGGUGCUGAACAUUGAAAGACUUUGUUUUCUUUUUUCUCGAAAGGGGGGAUAUACCACUACUACGUUUUUCCUUGCGGCGUUUGUUGACAAACAUCUUCAUUUCUUCUCCCAUCCCAGUUCUUCUUGCAGAUCACUCGUACCUUUUACACUAUAUAAUUUGUUUCUCUCAACUCUUGUCCAUCCACGAACACAUCACUUUGCACAUCGCUACUAUUUUUCCUUUUACUUUUUUUUCAUUAUUCCUUUUAUUAAAUCAUAUAUCAUAACUCAGGCCCUCGACGCAAGUCAUCUUGAGAAGGGAUAUGACGGUCCUUCACCCGGGUCUGCUUUCACAGCGAGCUUCUGUGUUUGUACCCACCCUCAUACCCCACACCCACACCGCUCUCUACAUGUGAGAAAGAAAAAGACGAAGGUUCGUGUCGGUGCAUUCGACUUUGCGCCGGCAGCCACUUCUCCCUUCUCUCCCUCUACCAUCCUUCGCGUUGGAGGAUGCAGUGGGGGAGGCAGGAAGGAGUGGAAGGGAACUUAA